UGAUCACAAGCCAACGGUCUCUUUAAACCGUGCAAGGAAACAGAGAGGUGCUGCAGAACUGAUCAACCGAUCGCCUCGCAGCAACAACGAGUAGGAAAAGACCAAGAAAAUGAGGAAACAGGCAGCGAGGGGUACGACCAAGAGAACUCAAGAGAGCCCAAAAGAGCAGAGAGAUGAAUUAGGAGGAUCUCUCAGGAGAUCGGCCAGGCUGCAUCCCACUUCAAGUCCUCGCUCUCCUCAACUUCGCUCUAACCCUGCUUCCUUUACAAAGAAACCCAAAAUUCAGGUUCUGGUAGCUUAUUAAUUUCCCUCUUCUCCCUUGUUUUGUGUCAAAAUGGAAGAUCUUUUCUUUUUGGCGCCUGAAAGUGAAGAUAUGGAAAAUGGGUUUGAAGCCCCUAGGCCCUAACCCAACCCGCUCUUUGUUUCUUAAGAGGGUUUUCUUGUUUGGAUGUUUUGGUUGCUGAGAAAAGGAAAAUGAGGGAACUUUUGAAGGAGCAGGGUUUUCUGUUUUCUGGUAGUAACUUGGGGCCAUUUGUUGAUAAGCCAUAUGAGAAUUGAAAUCGGGGGACAGCUUCCAAGUGGGAUUUUUCAGUUUUGCUUGCUCUCUUCCAAGAAUUGAAAUCGUGGACCCGUUGAAGUUUCUGCCUUUUGGUGUUGGAAUGGGGGUUUAACUGCUGCGUUUUCUUUCUGCAGGGUCACGCUAAGAGCCCUUGGGUUUUUCCAGAGCUAUUUCCCAGAUCCUCGACAAAGCCCGUGCCCACUCCUUGUUGCAACCUGGGUUUGCAUUCUUCUAAAAUGGUGGAGAAACCUAGCAUAGUUACACACCAAGAUGCUGCUGCUAGUGAACCAGCUGAUGAAGAAGGCUCCAGCUCCAGCAAUUUGUCUCCUGGUAAAAGGAAUCAGGCUAUAAUCGAUGACAUUAUUGCAUCGGUAGGUCCCCAGCUAUUUGGAUCUAAAAGUCGUGCCAUGAGAGGCAAACCUGGUGGGAUCUCUUCUUCAACUCUAAGGCUGCCAAUUAAAGCAGCGUAUAGAAGAGUCAAUAACCUAUCUGAGAAAGGUCCUACUACUGCCCUGAAAAGGGAUUUGCUGCUCGAAGAGACCUCUUCCAUCCAAAAUGAAGGGUCAAACAUAAACUCCAGAAAUACUUCACAUUCUCGAAGUUUGCACUUUGGAACUGCCUCAGUUGUAGCAGCAGAUUCUACUUCUACUCAAUGCCAAAGUUUUGGGUUCACUGAACUGGAAAGCAUGUGUGAUAAUGAGGUUGAUGGCUUGGAUGAGGAGGAUCGUCCUGCAUUCGUGACGGUGCAUGGAUACCUGGUAAACGAAUCAUCUGCUCCGAUUCUCCGCUCUAUAAUCAGCAAAUAUGGAGACAUAGCAGCCAGAUACACCCUGACAUCAUCAGAAAAGCGCUCUCGUGCCUUGGAAAGCGUCUGUGAAUGUUUCUAUUCAUUCAAAGGGAAGAAGCUUCAGGAGCUCAACGAAAUGAUUAUAGAGAAGGCACUUGUUUCCCUGCAUAACUUGAGAACAGCGGGCAUGGAGGUUAGUUGGCUGUUCCAGAGGCUGGAGCAGAUUCUGAAGGCAAAGCAGCUGAUGGCACAAGUUCCACAGAUGAAAGAAGCUAGGAGUAAAUGUGAUGAGGUGUUCAAGCAGAAGCAAGCGCAGCUUAUGGAGAUGGAGAGAAGGAAGGAUUUGCGGGAAAUCAAGCUACAAGAGCUGCAAAGAGAGAUGGAAGAAGUGGAAAGAAAGCUGCAGGAGAAGAAAAGAGAGAAGGAG